ACUUGUUGCAGGCUUACACCGUUACGCACAGUUGUAUUUUGUGAAGAGUAGUUUCAGCGAUUUUUAGCGAUUCCAAAGAAAAUAUCAUGGCGAUGAAAUCUGGAAAAGCGAAGUCUAAGGUUAACUUUACUGAUUUGCAAAUUUUAGAAGAAAUGGAUAGAGAAAGUGAGACCGAAUAUUUGCUUGACGAUGACUCGUCAUCCAGCCAUAGCUUUGAUUCGGAAGCUGAAGAACUGUUUCUACAGGGAGAGGACAUUCUUCUGGAUCGUGGUAGCGACUCUGACUGGGAGCCCCCGGUGUCAAGGUGCCCAUCCCCCGAUGAAGCUGGUUCGUCCAGCCAGAGACCUGCUGUCUCUGGCGCCACACCUACCCCCGCCCGGCCAUCUCGAGGUGGGAAGAAGUCAAAUAAGCGGAGGAAGGGAACCGUGGAACCUGCUGGCAGAGAGGUAGAUGAGCGUUGGCACACUGUGCUGGUGGAGGAUGAAGAUCAAGUUCCACCAGUAUUUUGGCCGAAAAGGCAGCCUGGGCCACAACUGGACAUGACAGCGAAGUACAGCCCCCUUCAACUAUUUCAGCUGUUUUUCACCCCGUCAGUUAUUGAUUCACUUGUGUGCAACACCAACAAGUAUGGAGCAAAAAAGCUAGCAGGCAAGAAAGAUGCAUGGAAGCCCAUUUUCAUGCAAGAGCUUUUCUGCUUCCUUUCAAUUGUAAUUUACAUGGGGCUGGUGAAGCUGAAAUCCCUCAAGGCUUACUGGAAAACAUCCCCGCUCUAUCAACUGCCUUUCCCACCCACUGUGAUGUCCUGUAAAAGGUUUUUAUAUAUCUUACGGGCGCUUCACAUCAGUGACCCUAAAGUUGAUGAGGCCAAUGACAAGAGGAGAGGCACCGCAAAGUUUGAUAAGCUAUGUAAAAUCAAACCUCUCUACCCCAGCAUGGUUGAGGCCUGCAAGACUUAUUUUCAGCCCGCCCAGAACUUGUCAAUUGAUGAGAGGAUGGUAGCCUCAAAGGCCCGAAUCAGUCUAAAGCAAUACAUGCGGAACAAACCAACAAAAUGGGGAUACAAGCUGUUUGUUUUGGCGGAUUCUGUGUGUGCGUACACCUGCAAUUUUUUUGUUUAUGAGGGGAAAAGCUCUUUUGCAACCGGUAAGGGACUGAGUUAUGACUCUGUGAUGGAUCUGUUGGAUUUUAAACUUCUGGGGAGUGGCUACAAACUCUGUGGACAAUUUUUACACAAGCCCUGCCCUUUUCACAGACCUCAGGAAGCUGAAUGUGUGGGCUUGUGGCACCAUUCGGUCCAACAGAGUGGGUUUUCCGAAGACGAAGGUGAAUGACAUGCCUAAGCGGGCUGAGCGGGGAGCGAUACGAUGGAUUCGCCAAGAUGGCCUGCUCUUCGUGAAGUGGAUGGAUACCAGAGAGGUGGUGAUGUGCAGUACUAUCCACAAGUCCUUCAGUGGCGAUCACGUCGUUAGGCGUGUGAAGGGCGCUACUGGGGAAUGGGCCACAAAACAUGUCCCCAUUCCUGCGGCUAUCAAGGAUUACAACAAGGGCAUGGGAGGUGUGGACCUUUCAGACGCACUGAUCGGAUAUUACAAUGUUCUCCACAAGACCAUGAAAUGGUACAAGACAUUGUUUUAUCACUUCAUCGACAUUGCUGUCGUCAAUUCCUUCAUACUCCAGAAGGAAAUGGCUAAGAGCUGUGGACAGCCCCCCAUCUCCCAGCUAGCCUUCAGGGAGCAGCUCAUCCAGGAGCUUGCAGACUACAGCACAAAGUCAACUGCAUCACCUUCUGCCCCCUCUACCCCUGCCCCCUAUACUCCGGCCGCCAGUAGUGUUCACAUGCCGAAGUUUAUAACAGCAGGGAUGAAUGUGCCUCCGGGCCAAAAGGCCACAGCAUGGAGGCGGCGUUGUGUUCUUUGCCGCAUGAAGUCCCCCAUCACCUGCAACACAUGUUCGGUUUGCCUGUGCUUUACAUCAGAAAGGGACUGCUAUGGGACAUGGCACGAGCAGCGGAAUAUUGUGUAGAGGACUGAGGGUCUUCCAAGGGUCUACCUACCACUGUUAUUUUUUUGUAAAUAUUUUUUUAUUUUUUGGGGGGCAUUUUGUGUAGGUAUUUGCAUAAAAAUGUACCUUUUUUUUGUAAAUAUUGUUUUAUUUUUGGGGGGGCAUUUUGUGUAGGUAUUUGCAUAAAAAUGUACCUUUUGGCAGCUUUUCUGACCAAUGUUUUUUGCACAUUUGCAUUUUCCUACUUUGUAUAUAGUUAUUUGCACAAAAAAUGUACCUUUUGGCAGCUUUUCUGACCAAUGUUUUUUGCACACUUUCAUUCCAAAAAUUGUUGGAUUAGCAUUUUCUUACUUUGUAUAUAGUUAUUUGCACUAAAAAUGUACCUUCUUUUGACAACUCUUUUCUGACCAAUAACCUCU